AUGGCGCAUACGAAAAAAAAUUUCGUGCACCCGGAUAGGAAGAGCAGCAUGGUCUGGUUCUCACGCAUCAGCCAUGGUCUGAAUUUCAGGCCUAUAAAAGCAGGGCAGUGUCCCAAGGAGCCUCACACUUCAGCUUCUGGAACAUUGUCAAGCAGACGAAAGGUCCUGUCAGGAAUCACAAAACCCAGCAUCAUGAAGACUAUCUUCGCUCUCAUCGCCCUCUGCGCUGUUGCUUAUGCCAAGCAGCCCCCUACACCCUGUUGCUGCGACCCAGCUGAGGGCUGCGACGAUGAUGGCUGCUUCGAUGCCUGCCUUGACGUCUUCCCCGACACUGUCGGAGUCUGCUUCGAGGCACCUUUCACCUGCUGGUGUUACAUGGACGGAUGCCUGAAUGCUAUCGCGAGUGGGCAUAACUUCCUCAAGGCGAUGAAGGCUCACUAAAUCCUGAUUGAUGGUCCCUUUCAUCUUUCCAUCUUGUGCUGCUUGACAGUGAAUAAAGCAUGAUGUAACCCCUGAAUA